CGUCCGGGUUGGGUCGGCCCCGGCGAGCGGUUUCCUCUCGCCUUUCCUCCGUUUGCUCUUCCCUGCGCCCCUCCACCGCCGUGCCCUCGGAGGGAGCGCCGCCCGCCCGCUCCGUAAGGGAAUCAGUAGUUUCCUGAAUAAACCAGAGAGUCACCUGAGACGCAAAGAUGUUGGAAGAAGAUAUGGAGGUGGCCAUCAAGGUGGUAGUAGUAGGAAAUGGAGCUGUUGGGAAGUCCAGUAUGAUUCAGCGAUAUUGCAAGGGGAUUUUUACAAAAGACUACAAGAAAACUAUUGGUGUAGAUUUCCUGGAAAGACAGAUCCAAGUUAAUGGUGAAGAUGUCAGGCUAAUGUUAUGGGACACUGCAGGUCAAGAGGAAUUUGAUGCAAUAACUAAGGCCUACUAUAGAGGAGCCCAGGCUUGUGUUCUUGUGUUUUCUACAACUGACAGAGAGUCCUUCAAAGCAAUCCCUACCUGGAAGCAAAAAGUUGUGACUGAAGUUGGAGACAUUCCCACAGUUCUUGUGCAGAAUAAGAUUGAUCUUCUUGAUGACUCUUGCAUAAAGAAUGAGGAGGCGGAAGCGCUGGCAAAGAAGCUGAAGGUGAGGUUCUACCGAGCGUCGGUGAAGGAAGACCUGAACGUGAGCGAAGUUUUUAAGUAUUUGGCCGAUAAAUACCUUCAAAAGCUCAAGCAACAAACAGCAGAAGAUUCAGAAGUAGUACAUACAAGCAGUAACAAGAUUGGUGUUUUUAAUACAGCUGGUGGAAGUCACUCCAACCAGAAUUCUAGCACUCUUAAUGGUGGAGAUGUCAUCAACCUUAAACCCAACAAACAGAGGACCAAGAAAAACAGAAGUCCUUUUAGCAACUGCAGUAUACCUUAGACCACUUUUGGAAGAAAUUAAGCAACUCAGAGAAUUGGAUGAAGUUGUGCAAUUGAAUACAGAGUAAAGCCAGCUGUAGAGGUAUUUUUACCGGUGCUUUAGCAAAUCUUGUGCCUCCUAGACAGAGGGUGGAUUUCGAUGAACUUGCUGAUGCCGUGGGUUUGUUGUGUGGCGUGAGACACCUGGUGGCGACACACAGAACCGUGGCUGCCUUGUGCACUUUGUACAGAUUAGGUGAGCUUUUCCUUUUUCAAGGAAUUACUCACAGAGCUAUAAACUAGGUAUUGCUGAAUUGCAAAGCACAUUUAAUGUAAGGAUAAUACUUACACGUAUAGGUACAGACUGUAACUCUAUGGCCCAAGGUAAUGUAGCAACCUUGCAAUUAAAUUUCAAAGAAAAUAUUAGAAUUGGUUAGUCAGAACACUACCACAUUUUGCUCUAAAUGAAGAGCAAAAAAAACACUACUUCCUUUUAUGCCUGACCAUAUUAAUGUUCUGCCAGGAUUCUGGCAGUCCUGUGGGUGCAAGAUCCUUGCAUUAUAUAUAUGUGUGCUAAGGUAUAUGUGUAAACAUUUGGGAUGAAUAUCUAGGCUUGGUUCCAGUGUGUUCGUUACUUGGAUAUCAGCUAAUGAUCAUCAAAUGGCAUCUUCCAAUUGUCCUUUAAAAAUGUUGCAUUUCAGAUGAGGCUUUUGCCACUGUGUAUGUUUAACUUGCUAUAUUUUGGGCCUAAAAGCUUAGAUUUAAAAACGUGUGGUGCCAAAAAUGCUCCUUUUUACCUAAUGCUAUGCUACAGAUGUUUUGUAAGUUUGUUUUUCUCAGUCUUAACAGGUUGAACAACUAACACUAAUAGCUGUUCAGAAGGAACAUAUAAUCAUAUUCUUGUUCAAAUUUGAUUGUUGUAUCCUGUGUCAUGUUAUGAAAAAGGAAUUUUCAAAGUGAUGUUACACAGUAUUUAUCAUAUUUGAAAUUUUUUCAUAGAUACCAUAAACUAAGUUACAGGGAUUCAAAAAAAAUGCAGCUGAUUAUAUUACGGAGACAUUCUUGAAUGUUGUCCUUCAAAAUUAAGGAAAUCUAAUUCUGAAAGAUGAGAGACAUGGCAAAAAAUUUUCAAAGUGCUUCAGUAAUUUUAAAGAACUGAUUUAGAUGUUUAGGAGCCCAAAUCUAACUUCAAGGUUAUUUGGGCUAAGGCUCCUAAAUCACUAAGGUGCUUUUAAAAAUGCUAAGCAAGAUACCUUUUAUUUAGCAAAAACGAACACUUUAUAAUCCUCUUCAAGAGCAUGCAUGCCUUUUAAAAACUAUCCAUUUUGUUUACAUGUUUUUGUAUGGUAUGAUAUAAUUUUAACUUUCUAAGAUUUCUACACAUCUGCCAGUGACAAAUGCAAAAUCUGCUGCUUAAAAAGAUUGGAGUUUUAAUAGUUUUAUAAAUGGUGUAUAAGAAUGAAAAUUGGUUGAGUCAUCCUGUAUAUUUUUGAAGGAAGGACUUUUCACUAUGUGAAUUCAUGUAGAAAGCUUGACUGACUUUGUUUCUAAGUCAAUGAGUAUGAAAACUGAAAUGUAUUCUUAUUCCCACUGUCUGCAGGGAGAAAAGUGAGUGACAAGUUAUACACAAACAUUAAAGAUCUCAGAACUCUGUAUUUUAUGUUUACUGUAUUAGGCUUUCUACCGAGUACUGCAGUUUCUUUGACAAACUGUUAGAGCUGUCCUGUUGCUGGCAAGGAGCACUCCAUCCUCUUUGGUCUUGCAACAAAACCAUGUGUUCUUCACUGUAAUGUUUCCUGUAUUUUCUCUUGGAUAAAGGCCUCUAUUUUUUAAUAAGUGCAUUCAAUCGCUGUAUGUAUAAAUGGAGUCAAGUCCUAUCUGUCUUAGCAGUUUAAGAAGUAACGUACUUGGGAUAAGAUGAUUGAACAUCAUGGGGCCACCUCACAGCUUAGGGGAGAGUGUAUGCAUGAAGAAUUUUGACAACUGGUUUUAGUAUGGAAACUUUCACAUUUCACUGUCUGUCUACAAGUUUCAUGGGGUUUUAUUCAUUUUUCAUGAAAAGCAAACAAAACCACAGAGUGUUUGAAACAUCUUUUUUUGCCUUCUUUGACUUUGUACAGCAUACUGAAAAAUAUUAUACAUAAUGACAAUUUAUACUGUUUUAUGUUCUACUGUAACACACUGUACAAUUGAUAUAGGCUGUUUGUAUUUACAGUAUGUCACUAAACUACUACUUUUAACGACUUUUAGUAGUUGUUUCAUAGGUGGAGACUUGACAGACUUGAUAAAUUUAAGAUAUGUUGAAAUGUAGUGCAUAUACUUUAAUGUAGGAAUAGUUACUUGCAGCAUUGGGUAACAGUGAGUUUUCAUUUUACUCCCCCCCUAAAUCUAAAGUGGAUCUUUUUUGUUGAGACCUUGCAGUGCUUGUUCUCUAAUAUGACUGUGAUGGAAACUGCUGAAAUUAGCAUCUUUCUGGGAAGUGCCCUGCAUGUAUGCUGCUUGAAAAUUUUGAUUAUUUAUUCUUCUGGGGUCAGUGUGUAGAUGUAAACCGGAUGACUUGCAUAUUGCAGGAACCCUUAGGUAUUCACAUCACUCUUCAGUGGCACUAACAUUUGCGUUUUGGAAGAAGACACAUGCCUAAAUGUUUUAGCACUUGUGUUCUCCCUCAUGGAUAAUUUUUAUUACAAACAUUACUUCAUUCUCCAUUCAAAGUGUACUCAUUAAAAUAUCAUAUGUUUUAGUUAGCAAAACCUAUAGGUGCAGGGCUGGUAAUAAAAAUGCUCUUCCCUUUGCAUCCCUGGGACUGCAUGGUGGGUGAGGAUGUAGCUCUGUUACAUCCAUGGUACUCUGGGUUAAGAGCAAGAGAUUCUUGUGCCACAAGACACAAAACUCAUUGCACUCCUGUAUAUUCUUUUUAUAUCUUGAAUAGCUCAUUGGCUGUAUUACCUGAAUCUUGCCACAAUUUUUUGCCCUUGGCUGAUAAAGCUACCACUAGCAGGAAACUUCAGUGAUUGUUAAUGUCUUAGUGAAAUAGGGAUUCACUAAAGAGUAUGACACUACAGCUUUGUCACUUCUGUGUUGUAUCCAUUCAGUGAAUGGGUGUUCUCCCAGCACGUGGGGCAUCGUUAGAUGCAAAGCAGUAAUGCUAGGGAUGUAUUUCCAACUGGAAAUAGCAAACCUCAAAGUUGUAUGACUGAUCACACUAAUUUUUGUGCUUGUGCGUGUGUGGUUAAUUUUAAAAAAACUUUAAAUAUUCCACUUAAGACAAUUUCGAACUUUCUUAUUUUCAGUGUUUCUUAAGGCAACACUGUGGUAGUCAAAAUGCCUGAAUUACCACAGUCAGUCUGAUUUCCUGUUUAAUUUUUAUGCUUCAGUGAAAUAUAUCUUUUUAUUUUCUUCAUUAUUGGGCUGCAGCACAUCUGACAUGAAGUUUUCCUUCACAUCAUUUCUGUAGAGGUGGGAUAAUCUAAAGAGCAUUGAGCAGCUGAACACGCAGCACUCUGGGGGGGUUGUGUGGGGUACAUGCACAAGACUCAGCAAGCCUGCCUUUGAAGCUUCAUGCACCCUUCAGGCUGAGAUCUCCAGGUGUUAACAGGUGAAUGAUCUGCCCUUCUCUGUGGGAGUUCAUCAUGCAGCAAGCCAACACACAUGCUGCUGCAUUCCAGUGACACUACCUGAGCCCCUGCUGCUUUUCCAAGUAUAGUCAUAGACCUUCGGUUGAAGUUCCAGUACCUGAACACUAAUUGUACCAAAAUUAGAGUGCAAGGAUGGUCCAGCAAGCUCAAAUUCAUCAAAACGACCUUGCUGUCUUUUUGUAGGAAGCAAAAGUUGUGCAGAUCUUCUUUCUAAUGCACAGAUAGUACUGAGAGAAGAAAAUAAUUCUCUGCUAAAUAUGGCAUCCAAGCAGAUAAUCAAAAUUAUAGAAUGAAAAACACAGCAAUGCUUAGAUUUAAGAUGAAAGGUGCUAUAAUGGAGUAAGAGAAACCUGCUAAUGUUCCGUGUUGAAGUGUUCUAUAUGAGUUACCUCAAUGCCAGGUGAGUCCUAGUACUGAACUGAGCUCAUUCUCAGGUUUCUUGUAGAAGGAUAAUACUGAUAAAUAGUUUGUCAGUUCUGCCAAAUUCACUAAAGUUGAUAAGAAAAAUUUAAAAUUACUGUGGACCAGGAGAAACACCACUCUCAUUGUGAGGAUUCAGAUGCAUUGUUACUAAUGGCUUAAAUGUAACUGGCUAGAAGAGGAAAAGUACAUACCUGGUUUUAUCAUCAUCAUGAUCUCAAGUAAAUGUAACAGAUUUGUAAAAAGAAAGUCAACAUACCAUAAAUCCUCAAUCGGAAGAAUCAGUGUUUAAAAUUGAGUGUCUUGUGUAUGGUGUUCUGUAAAAUCCCUACAAAUUCUGCUGUUCUCUUGUAAGUGACACUAGUUGCAUCAUGCAACUUAAAACAUUUGUUUGCUUAUUGUUGGGUCUGAUAUAAGUCACUACUUUUGUGGUUAUAUUAAAUUGUCAGUAUAUUAAAUUUCAAAAAUUGCUGUAACUACAAGCUGUGCAACCUCAAUCUGAUUGAGAAACAUGUGCUUGAUUCUUGACUUGUGUGUUGCCAGCAGCUGGGAUCCAAGGCAGCACAUGAGAGCACUGAAAGGAACAAGUGUGGAUGCCCUAGACAAAUAGAAAUGGUUUUUCUUAGCUCUUGCCUCUGAUUUCUUUACGAUGUAGUUGAAAUACAAAAUAGGGAUUCUUUUCUGCUCUUGCUGGUAAUUUUGCUUUUUAUGAUUGGUCUGGCCAAUAUAGUGACAAGGUUUAAGAUUGUAGACAUUGGAAGUGGCAUUAAAGUAUUAUUAAUAUAUCAAA